AUGUCGCGCAUCAUUAUCACCGGAGCCACAGGAGUCGCCGGCCUCGCCGUCUACCGCGCCGCGCUCACGGACCCCGCCGUCGCAAAGGUGACGCUGCUCACGCGCCGCGCCGUCCCUGCCUGGGCGGUCCUCCCCCCGAACGCGGCGGAGAAGACGGAGACGAUCAUCCACGCCGACUUCAAGACGUACCCGCCCGAGCUCGCCGCGCGCCUCGCGGAGCACGACGCGCUCGUGUGGGCGAUGGGCAAGACUUCCGCGGGCAUGUCCGAGCAGGCGUACACCGAGCUCACGCUCGAGUACCCCGUCGCGGCCGCGCGCGCGCUCACGGAGGCCGGCGCGGGCAGCGGCAGGGACGCACCGUUCCGGUUCGUGUACGUCUCGGGGGAGCAGGCGGACCCGACGGAGAAGUCGCGGCAGAUGUGGGCGCGGGUGAAGGGACGGGCAGAGCGCGAGCUGCCGGAGAUCAUGAAGGACGCGAACAUGAAGACGCACGUAUUCCGCCCAGGCUACUUCUUCCCCUCGAAAGACUAUCCCGAGGACCGCCAGAACCUGCGGGGGCCUCUCCUUCGUGGCUUGGAUGCCGUGAUAGGACCGGUAUUCAACACCCUUGCUCCGUCUGCGAUCACGCCGACAGAGUUGCUUGGGCGGUUCUGCGUUGAUUUGGCAAAGGGGCGGUGGCCUGAGCAGGACUUGUCUCGGAAUGGGGAGAUGCGGACGAUGAUGAAGGACGUACCUUUUUCUCAAACAUAA